UAGGGAUCUGUAACGUGAAACCCUCUCUCUCUCUCUCUUCUAUCUCUCUUUCUCUCUCUUCAGCGGACCGGAAAUCCAUGCGGCUAUGGCGGUCUCCCUCCCUUCUUCUCCUCCUUGUUUUUCUCCCAAUUCCGUCAUUUCCAAAUUAUUUUCUCUCGUUUUACCUUUAUACCAUUUCUAAGCUGAGCUAAAUCCAAAAAACUGAAAGCUACUUCUCCGCCGCCGCCGCCUCCUCCUCAGCCGCCGCCGGCUUAGGGGGAAAUUUUUCGCGAGAUCUUCUCCAGCCGCGGCGGAGAUCGCCUGCGAAACGAUCUCCGAUUUCCCGCUAUCCUCCUCCGAUCCGAUUGAGCUCCCGCCGCCUGAGAUCUAAUCUGAUCAGAGUUUCCGGGAACCCUAACCCUAGCGAGAGCGCGACAAGGAAAGGAGACAAAAGGCCGACAGAGAAAUAUAGAAAUAGGGAGAGGAAAAGAAAGAGAGAGAUAUUGAAAUCGAACGAAGUGGAUGUCGUCGUCGUCGAACUCGCCGUGCGCGGCGUGCAAAUUUCUCCGACGAAAAUGCAUGCCGACCGGUUGCAUAUUCGCGCCAUACUUCCCGCCAGACAAUCCGACAAAAUUCAUUCAUGUUCACCGGGUGUUCGGCGCCAGCAACGUCUCCAAGCUUCUCAACGAACUUUCGCCGGCGCAGCGCGAAGACGCCGUCAACUCGCUGGCCUACGAGGCCGAGGCGCGCCUUCACGAUCCUGUGCUUGGAUGCGUCGGCUAUAUCUCCCUGCUUCAGCAUCGCCUAAUGCAGCUCCAGCGCGAUUUAUCGGCUGCUAAGAGGGAGCUAUCGCUCUGUAUCUGCCCGGGCCCACAAAACCAAUUCUAUGCCGAGGCCAUGGCCGUGAGGGCUGGGCUCGCCGGUCAGGGAUCGGCUUCAACAUCUGCGGCGCCACCGAUGUAUAAAGAUCAACAACAUCAUCAAUAUCAACAUCAUCACCAUCAGCAGCAGCAGCAGCAGCAGAUGAUGGUGGAAAUACAGCAGCUCGCAGAGGUUGUGGCAGCGGAGAGAGAGCAUGAGAUGCUGAGGAGGAGAGAGCAUGAGAUACUGCGGAGCAUAGAGCAGCAACAUGUAUUGGCGAGGCUUAUCGGAGAUGGAAGCAGUGGUGGGGCGGCGGCGGCUGAGGCUUCUCCGCCGCUGGCGUUGGUUUCCCCGCACAUUAGUGGGUUUGAAGGCUCGUUUGCGGAGCUGCAGCAUCAACAAGGGUUGCAGUUCCAAGAAGGGAGUGGCCUUCGUCUUCAUCAUAAUUUUCAUCAGAGGAGAAGGUUCGAUGAGGAGAGAAGUGGAGAGGGUCCUUCUUCUUGACUUCUUUAACUAUUCGUUGAAUUUUAGACCGCGCUUGAUCUUCUUUUGGUGGUUCAGCUUUCAGCUUUUCAGCGUAGAGAUUGCUGCAUUCAUCCUAAGCUCCGACAGACUGCAGAGGUGGUCAUUUGUUCAUCUGACACCACAAUUAAAUUCAUAUGCUGACAGAUUAAUUCUCUGUGCACGAUGGAUCACGUUUCAGGCCUAUAUUUCAAGCGCAAGAAAGGAACAUACGGCGGGAGAGACCUGAAAGUUUUUUUAUUGAUUCUUAAAGCAGUUUUUGAAUACAAAAAUAUUAAAUUUUGUACUAAAAAUUUGUUUUA